UUGUUUCUCCAUGAUUUUUGCAGGUUUUAUUUUUGUUUAUUUUUGUUUUGUUUUGUGAUGAAAGCACAAUGUUCGUUCGUUGUUUAAUCCUGUUGGAAAUUUAACAUGCGAGGAAGCGAAGAACAGGUUGGGGACCCGUGGGCGAAAAACAGCUCAGGUGACGGUGUGCCCUAUUAUGUCAGUCGCGAUGGAGCCGAUACUUCCUGGGAUCAUCCGAUGUUGGGGAGGGUUUUGUCCAUGUUGGAAGACUGCAACAGAAUCGAUUACGCGGCUUACAGGGCAGCAACGAAACUCAGGAUGAUUCAGAAACGGCUGAAUUGGGACUCUCUGAAUGUGUAUCCCGUCGCGAGCAUUAUGCAGCAUCACGCUUUGAAACCCGGGGAAGCCGAUACUUUGGUGAGCAUCGGGAAAGUGGCGGCAGUUAUUUCGGAUAUCUUCGCCUACAUUGCGUGGAUUGGAGUUGAGAGCCAAGGGUUUUCUUUCGACCUCAGCUCGGAACUUACCCUCAACCUCUUCAUCAACAUUUUCGACAAGAAGCGUCGAGGGCAAGUGAAGGUGUUGUCAGUUCAAACAUUCCUCUGUUUACUGUGCAAAGACAGGCCGCAAGGAAAGUUACGAUAUUUAUUCCGCCAAGUGAGUGAUCACAAUAACUGCUGCUCGCGGGUGAAGCUAGCAACGUUACUCAAGGAAAUGUCCGCCGUGAUGGAGUACCUAGACGAAGGGUGGAAGUUCGGGUUGCACACCGUCGGACCCGCUGUGGAAUCCUGUUUUUCCACCAUGUGCCCCGGAAUCAACGGGAGCUACAGUCACCUUCGUCGACAGGUUUGUUUUGGGCUGACGGAAGAGAAGUACUUGCAGUGGAUGGCUCGACAUCCUCAGAACAUCGUCUGGCUCUUCAUCAACCACCGCUUGGCUGAUUCUGAACUCGUUGAACACAACGUGCAGUGCAAAGCAUGCCGACAGAAUCCGAUUGUUGGACUUUGUUACGUUUGUCUUCAGUGCUGGAACGUUCAGUUGUGUCAAACGUGUUUCUUGCUGGGGCGCAAUGUUUCUGGUCACAAAAAGUCUCACCAAAUGGAAGAACAUUCUGCACAAUUGACGUAUUCUGAGAGGUUUUCGGUCGCUGUGCAUCGACUGCUGAGUGUGAUGCGAUUAUCCAGACCAUGUGUGAAGAAAGGCCCGAGUUUUUUACCUUUGGACUCGAGCCCACAAGUUGCGGGAGAUUUGGUACCGGUGCUGACGAGAAGUGAGGACGAGGCCAGUUCUCGCGACGGGAACCCGUCUCCGUUGCCGCCACCGCCACCACCACCGGGCGGCGCCGCCGGCCACGGUUACCUAGGCCACCAAGAAGCCAGCUGCAGUUCGCGCAGCAGCGGGGUCGUCGUCGACCACGACGUGGACGCGCGGACGCCGACGAGCGGCAAUUGGUACUGCCGCACGGCCUCCGUCGGAAGCUCGGCGGCAUCGGAAAGCCCGUCGUCGCCUGCGGUGAGGAAGCGGUCUGACGUGGCAGCGAUGUCGGCAGUGACAGCGACGGUGGCGGGUACUGACGGAGGAGGCGGCCGAGUCCGAGUUGACAUCCUGCCUGUGCACCAGGAGGAGCUGCAAAGCAUCUUGUGGCACUUUGAGGAGGAGCAGAAGCAGCUCAAGGGCGUCCUGGGCAGUCUGGACACGGCAGAUGGCCCGGCUGUGAGUGAAAACCGGGCCCGGAAGGAGUUGGAGGAAUGCAGUCACGAUUUGGAGACGCAGUUGUCGCGAUUGCGGGAUGUGUUGAAGAAUUACAUGAGAUGCAGUGUGCACGUGGCGGUGAAGACGAAUUCGGAAGCGGUCGAGGACGACGUUCGGUCGGACUCGCUCGCCGAAGAACAACUCGUCACGCCGGAUCUCGAAGAGCCCCGGCAACCAUUCCCGGGCCAGCAGCGACAACCCCUUGAGAGCACGGCCAUGAGCACGCCUCUGGAACGUGGAGCAGCUCCUUACAGCCCCAUAACGGGCCAGCAUUUCGACGGCGGGGCGAAACCGUCGCCACUGGCGAGCAAAGUCGUUUUCCGGGUCAAGAAGCUGCCGGCAUCGUUGAGAACGUGUCCCGGGUUGCGGGCGAGUGGCGGCUCUGAUUUGGAUGAAGAAGACGCCACUUUUACUGGUGGUUUAGAGGAAAAGGCGCCGUUGGCAGAACCCGAGACACUGGGGCCGACGCGGAACGAGAUUUUUGCGCAGUUCCCGUCGAUUUCGUUGGGAGACCUGAGUUCCACGCUUCUCACAAUGACGCAAGACAUGGAAAUCCCUCGGGGGUCUCCUUGCACGCUUCCUUACGACCAGCAGGCGAAGCGGGUGAGCAUGAUAAACCGAGAGCUGGAGGGCAUUUUGCGAGAGUUGGACGCAGUUUAUCCGGCCGUAACUCGAAACGGCGUGGAAAACUGA